AUGCCCGGUCUUGUUCAACGUUACAACGUCUCGGUUGAAUAUUCCGAGCUCCUCUCAACCACACCGAAGGACCCUUCUGUCCGCGGCCCUUCACAUUUAUCUGGCGGCAGACGCUGGCGUUCUGCUGCACAAGCCGCGAUAGCGACAGAAGCAUCCUCGUGGUACGAAGCGGCUUGCCCAUCAUCGCAGGACCUGCAGGUCGUGCUUCGUCGCUUCCACGAUGACCCUGAUAUUUCGCGGGAGCGGGUCUUUGGUUUCUUGUGCCCAUUGUUCGUCUUCGGCACGUUAUUCACAGUUUGCGUCGUCGCCCUCCAACCGCGUUCCUUCGCACAUCACAUCCUCACUGCGCCACGAGAACACCUACAAGAGUUGAUGAAAUUUGGAGCAGCCCUGUUUGGAGGAUUGACAGCUGGAAUUCUCUUCCUUCGUACUGCUGUAUGGUGUGUGGCUGAAGCCUCUACAGCGGUUGUCGCACAAGCCGGUAGUGGAGUUGGACGGACAGUCAGGAAUUCAGAGACGCUUCCAUCCUCUAACGUGUUACUGGGAGCUAUGUUCGGGUAG